AUGGCUCGCUACUCUUUCUACCUGCUCUCCGCAGCAGCCUCUAUCCUGCCAGUCUUCGCUCAGAUCGGCACCAACUGCAACAUCGUCUCGACCGUGAUUGUCGUUUCUGGAGACACCCUGGGUGCCAUUGCCACCGCCAACGGUGUCACUGUUGACCAGCUCGCCUACGUGAACUCCAUCACCAACGUCAACUUCAUCGCCGUCGGACAAAGCAUUUCCAUCCCCAACCCUGCUUGUCAAGCUCCUGCGCUCCCGGUGACCCCCCCGGUCACAGCCACCUGCUCCCAAACCAGUGACCCUACCUACACCGUUAAAUCGGGAGACACCCUCACCAUCAUCGCCGAGACCAAGUUGGGCAUCACCUUGGCCGCCUUGGUCGCCUCCAACCCCCAGAUCCAGAACCCCGAUGCCAUCGCCGUUGGCGACAAGCUCAACGUUCCCCUCUGCGCCCCCCCGGCGACCUCCCAAGCCGGUGGGUACACGAUGGACAAGGCUCCUACCUACAAGAGAAGCGUCAAGAACCGCGCCGUUGUCUAG